AUGAAUUCAGCAAUCGAAAUUAGUUCCUACCGUGAUCAGCAUUUCAAGGGCUCCAGAAGUGAACAAGAGAAAUUACUAAAAGCAUCAUCUACACUUUAUAUUGGGAAUUUGUCAUUUUACACCACAGAAGAACAAAUUUACGAACUCUUCUCAAGAUGCGGUGAUAUAAGAAGAGUCAUAAUGGGUUUAGACAAGUAUAAAAAAACUCCUUGUGGAUUUUGUUUUGUUGAGUAUUAUGCACGAUUAGAUGCUGAAAAUUGUAUGCGAUAUAUUAAUGGGACUAGAUUGGAUGAUAGAAUCAUUCGUUCUGAUUGGGAUGCUGGAUUUAUAGAGGGGAGGCAAUAUGGAAGAGGCAAAACUGGUGGACAGGUGCGAGAUGAAUAUAGAACUGACUAUGAUGGAGGCAGAGGUGGCUAUGGAAAAAUCAUUGCUCAAAAAAUUACACCCAGUCCCAUGGAACGUUGA